AUGGCCACCACCGCCACAACGUCGCCAUCCCAAGAUGUAUCGGCAUUACCUGCACACCAGCCCGGUAUUGAUAGUCCUCGUUCUAGCAACACGAGCGGCAGCAGUACGACCAAGGUAGCGCUCUCCCCCAAUCUUGAGAAGUCACUCUGCAAAGGCCAUCACGACCCCUCGCACGUGGAUCGCUCCGUGUCGCCUAAGCGAUGGAAGACGUUUCGCGAUUCGUUCAAGCACCUUUAUGGCCUGAAGCCCGAGGAAAUCGACGACUUCAUGGCGUCUUAUGUGAUCUACAACCUAGACUGGGAAAACGAGAAAGAGAUGAUCGCUGCGUUAGGACCAAACUACGAGAAACGCGUGGGUGAAUGCCUGAAAGCCUACUACGGCACGCUCAACCACUUAUGCGCGCUGGGAGACGUUGAAAAGAUGUACAUCCCACCGCUGAUGGACAAGAAGGCGUCUGUCCUAGAUAACCAGCUACUCAACGAAGAGUCGAUAGCCAGGGAGAUCGGACUCAAGGCUGGCGACAAGGUACUAGACUUGGGCUGCGGUCGAGGUCGCGUGGCCGCGCACAUGUCGAGUUUUACCGGGGCGCAAGUGACCGGUCUCAACAUUGACCCAAAUCAAAUCGCCCAAGCACGCGAGUUCAACCAGAAACUAGGUCUCCAGAACGAAUUUGUGGAGGGUGACCAGAACGACCUGCCCCUACCAUUCGCAGACUCGUCGUUUGACGCCUUCUACGAAAUCCAAGCCCUGAGUCUCUGCAAAGACCCGCACGCCCUCUUCAAGGACAUAUUCCGAGUUCUGAAGCCGGGCGCCAAGUUCCUGCUGCUGGACUGGGUCAGCCUCCCCGCUUACGAUCCCGCGAAUCAUCCCGAGCAUGCGGAGCUUAUGCGCCGCGUCAAGCCGCUCAUCGGAGCUGUGGGGACGCCGACGCCUGCCAGCUUCGAAUCAGCGCUGACCAGUGCUGGGUUUAAAGUCACGCUCUCCGACAACCCCAGCAUCGAUGGCCUGCAAGCCCCGCUGAUCGACAAGGUCGACAUUUAUUUCCGGUCUAUCCGCCAGCUCAUCCAUCUGGGUGUCAAGCUGCGGGUGCUGCCGCGCCAUUUCAAAACCCUCAUGGAUCGCUUGUGUUUGGAUGGGCAGGCUUUCGUCAAGAUGGACAAUAUGCGAUUGAUAACGACGACGUAUCGCAUUGUUGCUGAGAAGCCGGUGGGGACGGCUGUCGCGCAGAGUGCGUCAUAG